CAGUCUGGCAGAGAAACACCCACACCGCCCGCUUCGUCUUUCUACAACCUCUCCGUCUCUCUGCGCCUCUUUAUCGGCUUUUCCCACCGCUCCAACGGCCGGCUAGCUGCUGGGCGGACCCGCGUUGGUACCUUUUUUUUAUUUUUUUACUCCGUUUUUCGCACGAACUGAGGCUUUAUUCUUUCGAAGUUGAUUCAGGGGAAAGAAGCGAAAGAAACAGAGAGAGAGCGAGAGAAAGACAGACAGGGGAGAGCAAUGGCCACGACAACCUGUACGCGAUUCACGGACGAGUAUCAGCUGUACGAGGAGCUGGGAAAGGGAGCGUUUUCAGUGGUGCGCAGAUGUGUGAAGCUGUCGACAGGGCAGGAAUAUGCUGCUAAAAUAAUCAACACCAAAAAGUUAUCUGCAAGAGAUCACCAGAAGUUGGAGCGAGAGGCUCGGAUCUGUCGCCUUUUGAAACACCCCAACAUUGUUCGUCUUCACGACAGUAUAUCAGAGGAGGGUUUCCACUACCUCCUGUUUGACUUGGUGACCGGAGGUGAACUGUUUGAGGACAUCGUAGCCAGAGAGUACUACAGCGAGGCGGACGCCAGUCAUUGCAUCCAGCAGAUCCUGGAGGCGGUGCUUCACUGCCAUCAAAUGGGCGUGGUGCACCGGGACCUAAAGCCAGAGAACCUGCUCCUCGCAAGCAAGUGUAAGAACGCUGCAGUGAAACUUGCCGACUUUGGCCUGGCCAUCGAGGUGCAGGGGGAUCAGCAGGCCUGGUUUGGGUUUGCAGGAACACCAGGAUACCUGUCCCCCGAGGUAUUGAGGAAGGAGGCAUAUGGCAAACCUGUGGACAUCUGGGCCUGCGGGGUGAUUCUCUACAUCCUGCUGGUGGGCUACCCUCCUUUCUGGGACGAGGACCAGCACAAGCUGUACCAGCAGAUCAAGGCUGGGGCUUAUGAUUUUCCAUCCCCAGAGUGGGAUACAGUCACCCCAGAGGCAAAAAACCUGAUCAACCAGAUGCUUACAAUCAACCCAGCCAAGAGGAUCACUGCUCAGGAGGCUCUUAAACACCCAUGGGUCUGCCAACGAUCCACAGUGGCAUCUAUGAUGCACAGACAGGAGACUGUGGAGUGCCUGAAGAAAUUCAAUGCCAGGAGGAAACUCAAGGGGGCGAUUCUUACAACCAUGUUGGUUUCCCGAAAUUUCUCAGUCGGCAGCAGGCAGACCACCGCUCCAGCCUCUGUGACUGCGGCAGCGGCAGCUGUGGCUGCAGCCGCUGGCACCACUGCAGGGCUGGUGGAACAAGCCAAGACUUUACUCAACAAAAAGGCAGAUGUUAAGAAACGCAAGUCCAGCUCGACUGUCCAGUACAUGCCUCAGACAAACAGCACCAAAAACAGCAUAGUCACCAGUCCCAAAGGAAACAUCCCUUCACCUGCUCUGGAACCUCAGACAACUGUCAUCCAUAAUCCGGUGGACGGGACAAAGGAGUCGUCAGACAGCAGCAACACCACCGUGGAGGACGAAGAUGUGAAAGGAAAGAGCUUAGACAACAGCUCACUUAAGGCGCAGUCCAGCACAAGUUCCCAGCCUGAUAGCACUCAGGGCUCCUCAGCUGCUGUGCACUCUGCUGCGAAGUUCGCUGACCUGCUGGGCUCUGUGCGUAGAGGCUCAGGGCCCAUCACCGACGGAGAAGGUAGAUCCAGCACUCCGCCGCCAGCCGCCCUCUCCGCCCCUUCCCCUCCACACACCCCUGUUGUCCCCAUGCAGAUGUCGCGGCUCACAGACCUGGUAAGCAGCGUCCGCAGGGUGCCGCCGCCGCCCGCUGCACCCAACGGCGACAGUGCCUCGGCGCCGGCCCCCGUCACCAAGCCGGCCCCUCCACCUGCACACACCACUCCCCCACCUCCUUCCCACUCCCCCUCCAGCCCCUCCUUGUCCUCAUCCCAGACGCGCAAACAAGAAAUCAUUAAGAUCACCGAACAGCUGAUCGAGGCCAUCAACAAUGGAGACUUUGACGCUUACGCUAAGAUCUGUGAUCCUGGGUUGACUUCGUUUGAGCCGGAGGCGUUGGGAAACCUGGUAGAGGGAAUGGAUUUCCACAGAUUCUACUUUGAGAACCUUUUGGCUAAGAACAACAAGCCCAUCCACACCACCAUCCUGAACCCCCACGUCCACCUGAUCGGCGAGGACGCCGCCUGCAUCGCGUACAUCCGGCUCACUCAGUUUGUGGACAACCAGGGCCGGCCGCGCUCCAGCCAGUCGGAGGAAACGCGUGUCUGGCAUCGCAGAGACAGCAAGUGGCAGAACAUCCACUUCCACUGCUCAGGCGCGCCAGCUGCGCCUCUCCAGUGAGGGUUGAAUGCUGUAGUUGUGUCUAUCAGGAACGAUUUGCUGGAGAGAAAAGAGGAGGAAGAGGACGGGAUGAAGGAACACAUCCAGUGUUGACUUGGAGGACAUGGCUCGUCACGCCUCAACAAUCAAAUCCCUCUCUCACUGGACUCCCAGCCUCCAUCCCCCAGCAUGCACCUCUGCUUCGACAACCGUGACCCCGCCUCUGUCUGCAUCCACAAAAUAAGCUCCUGAGGACCAUCGCUCUACAUCUUCUUUUUCUUCUUCUUCUUCUUCUUUUCCUUGUUCUUCUUCUCUCCAGCUCACUGAGUGUUUGAGUCGGGGUGUGGCGCCCCCUACCAGUGGUCUCUCUCCCACCCCCGCAAUAUUUUUGUGACCCUCUCUUGUCCUCCUGUGAAUCCACACCUGUGUGACAUAAACACUGCACUGGAAAUACAGUAUGUAAAGUUUUAAGUAAAAUCUAUAAUUAUCAUUACUAUAUUAUGAUUACUAUUGUUACACAUUUGCAAUUGUAUAUGUAAUUUGUAUAAUUCAGAUUUCCUGAUGCCAGUGGUUUUUAGAGUUGAAGAAACUUUUUUGUUUUAUCUUUUUAAGGAAGCAUGUUUUAUUCCCCAUAGUAACAGUGGCUGUUUUCUUGUUUUUUUAUUAUUAUUAUUAUUAUUGUGGCUGUUAAGUGGAAAAGGUUUAUUGGCCAUUUUUAUAAUUUGCUUCUUCUACGUUAGCUAUAAUACUGCACUUGAAGUUCAAACGUUGGUUUCAGUAUCUUUACUUUUAUCGUUCGGUUGUUUUUUGCUGCUUUUUGGAUGGGACGUUUCUGAACGUAGAGUUUGACUACACGGCAGGGGUCAGAAGUUUACAUACAGUCAAGGAUGUGAUUAAGUUUAGGCUGUGAGGGAUUAGUUUACUUUUUUAGUGUGGAAUAGGGGGGGAAAAACACGUCACUUUCAUUAUUUUAAAAAGCAAGAACUGGGCGCACAAGUUUGAUUUUACUGUGGAUUUCCCCUGAUAGCACAACAAAUUCAAAUUUAUACAUACAAGCCCCACUAAUAUCUGGCAAAGCAAGUUGCCUUUCUACCAAACAUUAAGCAUCUGGCUCCAUAUUUGAUCCAUCUUCUUACCGGUUUAUUUAAACUGGUUUGUUUGGUCUGUCUAUUCAACAACUUAAUUUUUGUUGGGUAUUUACGUCUUCUUUUUUUAAUAAUUACCUAAACUUUGUGCAAUGCGUCGGUAUCACUGGCAGGAAAACUCCCACCAACAUCCAUGCCAGAUGGUUCAGUUUACUUGGGUUUGAAACAAUAAGAGAGUUUAAGUGGCUAGAUUAGAUAAUCUUAUAGUUUUGCCCUCUAAGUAUGAGAGAAAAUUCGCAAUUAAUUCAAAUUUCUUCUCAAAAGUCCAUCUGGUUGUUCGUUAAAAGUGAGGGAGCUGGGGAAAAAGCAGCGUAAAUAAAUCAAAAACUGAUGAAAGUAGGUAAACUUAUGACCAGAUCUGAACAGGAUGUGUUGGUGAGCGCGGUCAUGCUAGGUAGCGACGUAGCAGUCACAGUCCACUCCAGGUAACCGAGCACAAUCAGAGGAACCUGCAGUUGAUUCUCAGCUGCCCUGCAGAAACACAAAAUCUGAUCAAGUUGUCUAGUUUCCAGUGCAAAAACCCUUUAAACACUUUCAAAUAAGACAAAACUAAUUUAUAUGCAGCUUGUUUUAAGUCAGUUAUUUUUGCAUAUUGAUACAAAUUACUACUUGCUGUUUUCUUUCACUAAUAAAAGACAUUUUUCUCAUGUUAUAAGUGAAAUAAUCUUGCAGCAGAACUAUCAAUCAAGUUUAUUUGUGUAGUAUAUUUAAUCAACAAGGCAGGUCAAAGUGAUUCACAUCAUAAAACAAAAUUAAUUUUGUCACCAAUUGAGAAAGUAGUAACAAAUAUGACAUUUUGUCAAGUACCAUCAUCAAUACACAUUAAAUAUGCUGGUCAAUAUUUCAUUUAUUGUGAAACACUGACUUAAAUGAAUUCAGUGUUUCGGCUGUGUUGCAGUUUUCUGGAAGUUUGUUCUAGAAGAUGAAUGCUGCUUCUCCAUGUUUGGUUCUAGUACUUUUUCAUUCGCAAUUGACUUAAAACAAGUUCUUAUCUUCCUAAAAUGUUGCUUAGAAGUUAGUGUCUUAUUUCAAGGGAACUGAGAUAUUUUCACUGGAAACCUUACAGAAAUACUUGAUAAGAUUAUUGUAGAGGUUGUGGCAGAAGAGGCUGAAGCACCUCAGUAAAUCAAGAAGAAAACUUUCUUUUCCACCUUUCUCUUACCUGCACUCAGGAGCUCUGAUUCGUGUUUUAAAGUUGCACAACCUACAGAGAAGAGCAUGUUGUCUAGUUGUUUUCUACAAGCAUCAAAUAUAAAGUGUCAGAUGAGGAGGAAGUUCUGCUGACACCUCCCUCUGUUUUCAGUCAGACCUGAAGCUCAGUGACUCAUCCUGAACCUGCUUGGGGCUCGUUUUAUUUUCGGUGCAGACGGGGAAGCUCAGCCGGUGUCUUCUGCUGUUGCUUGGAGACGGAUGAACACCCGCUUGAAGCUCAGCGCUCCUUCUUAAAAAGGCAGAGUUAUUUUUAACCUGCACUGCUGGCUGAAACACAACAGCAGGUUCUUUUUUUUUUUUUCUUUAAUUGAAAGCGACAAAAGAAGUCGGCGCUCUGAACGACAGAUCCUUUCGGAUUUGUGUGACCUUCCUCGUUUCUGAAGCCAUAGAGCAGAAAGCUGGCGUUACUGCUGCUUUUUUCCAAAUGAAGCACAUUCAAAAACUAAGACUCCAACCUGCAGCGGUGGGGAAUCAUGAAGGUUGUGUUUGCUUGGUGCUUCAAUCAUGUCGGUCUUUUAAUACAGUGUGCAAUAUAUUUGUAUGUGCAUGUAGAUUUAAAGCCUUCAGUGUGUGCUCUUUGAAACCCUGGGGGAGGUUUAGGAGGCGUUUUAUGAGAAACAGCAACGGGCCUUGAACCCCAGGAUGACUUUUUUUUUCAUGCUUUGUUUUUUAUUUUUCUGUGCUUUUACUUCAUUAUGUUCGGUUUGUGUACAGUGUUAUUAGCCUUUCAUGACAUAAAGUGCUUGUGCCAGAGGCAGCAGGGUAGAGCACAGAUGGACUUUGCAGCACUGAAAACUGAUGUUUGUUUUAGAAGAGGUUCGACUCGCGAUCAGCUCCGCUGUUCUUCGUCCACCACUAGCUGCCUUCGCGUUUUGUAUCACCGCUCGGUCCGAACAAGAGAUUCAGAGAGACCCAGCUGUCGGUUUGGUGAACAGUCCUCAGGUUUUUAUUUAUUUUGAGUAUUUAUUUAUUUAUUUUAGUGGAUGUUUUUACUGUGCUUUUUUUUUUUCUUAUUGUUUUCCAAUUGUGCAAGUACUGUCUGUAAAACCUGUUCUUAAAGGGAUAGCACACCUAAUUUGGCCGACAUACAAUGAGUUGGGUCUAUGGAGUGUCAAAAGUUCAAAUAUUUUUCAAAAAAUCCAGAAAAUUGGGUGUGUAAUAAUUAAUUUAAUACCCUGUCAACCACAUUAAUAUCCAAAUCUGAAAUCCACUAAUCAAAGGUUUAAGGUAAAAAUAUAUCAACUUAUUUCAUUUACUCAUGCAUUUGAGCACACAGUCAAACUUAUAAAUUAUAUUAAGAGAUAAUUAUUGUAUUUUUGUAAAUAUUUUUGUUAUUACCAACAUAUUUGAUUUAUUGUAACGCAUUAUAAAUGAAUAGUAAAUCCAUUAAUUAUCUACGUAUUUUUUUGCAAAUUAUAAUUAAAAGACUUUAAAGUAAUAAUUUAUUUUCCUUACUGAAUUGGGGCACAUUUGGACUUCCGUAGUUAUUCUGAGCUACUGUUUUCAGAGGGACACUUUAUGACUUAUAUACUUGUACAGGAUUGUAUUUUGCGUCAGCCGUCCCUCGGAUGUUUCAACACUUUCUUGACUUUUGUCAGACGAAGCCUUUUUCCUCACCACUGAGUUUGUGUCGUACUCACGUCUCAUCCAGUAAGGACACUCUUGUCUACUUCAACAUGUUUUAAUACUAAGAGGUCAACCCUUCUCCAGAAAAAAAAGAAGAAAUAGCAGCAUGUACAGUACAAAGUGAUGUUUUCUGUUCUUAGUGUGUUUCUAGCCUUGAAAAUCAACAUAAUAAGACUCACAUAUUUAAAACGAGGGAGUUCACAGUAUUAUAGCACUGCUGCUAGCAGCGUAUCUUUCAUCUUCUUUGCAUGACAGUCAAAAGGACACUUUUAGUUUUUUGGUGUUUUUAUUUGGGUUCUCAUUUUCUACUGAAUGCUGGUAAACUCGACCUUUCUCUAUUUUCUCAGCUUUUUAAGUGCAUAUAACUAUUUUUGUCUCCAGAUGAUAUAAUGAAGAUGAUUAAUAUGGUAAGGAUUAUUAUAAUCAUGACUGUGGCACUAAGGAUGACUAUGAUAAAGUCGACAUUGAUGAAGAUGAUGUGUUGAUACUUUUGCAUGCUUUUCUGUGGGUUCUCAGUGUUGUCAGUGCAGCCAGCAGGAGGCGCAGUCGCACCACAUGAAGCACAGAAGAUGUUUUGUAUUUCGUCCAGAAAUUGGAUCAGAAAGACGAAGCGGCUCAUUCAGGCUGAGCUCUGAAGCCGCCAUUUUCACUCUGAACCUCUGCGUUUUUUUGGGGUUUUUUUUUUGUUUUUCCUGCAGCAGCAGCUAAGUUGCUCUGACAACACUGAGGUGGUUUCUCUUCUGUGGGAGUCUCUCUUUUUCCUGCUCCCUCCGUUUCCAACCUUCUUCAAUCAUUUCUCUGCAGUCGGCUCUUUCCGGUUUCCCUUUGUCUCUUUUUGUCAGUUUGGCUUUCUUCUGUAUAAUAUUAACCCUCUAAUUCUCCGCUUCUUCAGAUUAUUGCUCUGUUCUCUUACGUGCUACACGUGUUUCUCUAACUUCAAGAAAAUGUGUUAAGGUGUUAUCAAUAAAAUGAGUUUAAAUAGAAA